GACGUGCCUCCCGGGCAGCGCUGGGGCCGGGCGGCGGGGCCGGGGCCGCCCCGCUCGGCGCCCCGCGGAUGGCCGGCGGCAUCUUCUCCCCGCUGGGGAGCUGCUCGGAGCUGGAGAAGGGCGCCUGGCACCCGCUGGUGUGCCUGCUGUGCCACGAGCCCUUCCAGCACCCCUGCCUGCUCGACUGCUACCACAACUUCUGCGCCAGCUGCCUGCGAGGCCGCGCCGCCGACGGCCGCCUGCACUGCCCCCUCUGCGGGCACCCCUCGGUGGUGAGGGGGGGCACGGGGCUGCCCCCCGUGGACCGGCUCCUGCAGUUCCUCGUGGACAGCUCGGCUGACAGCGAGGAGGACGUGCAGUGCGCCAACUGCGACCGGCGCUGUGCCAAGGCGGAUCUGGAUGCCAUGUGCUUCUGCAACACCUGCAGCCAGCCCCUCUGUGCCCCGUGCCGCGAGGAGACCCACCGCGCCAAGGUCUUCGCCCGCCACGAGAUCGUUUCCCUCUCCAAGCGCACCAAAGACAUCCACAAGAAGUGCUCGCUGCACGAGGAGCCCUACAUCAUGUUCUCCACCGAGAAGAAGUCCAUGCUCUGCAUCAACUGCUUCAGGGACAUGCAGGGGGAGAGCCGGGCGCACUGCAUCGACAUCGAGACGGCGUACGUGCAGGGCUGCGAGAAACUGGACCAGGCAGUGAUGCCACCGCGCCACCCUGGCCAGGCAGUGAAGGAGCUGCAGACGUCCACGCGCGAGGCCAUCGUCCUCCUCAAGGCCAUGAUCGAGGAGGUGCGCAACAGUGCCAGCCAGGAGGAGACGGCCAUCAACGCCCUCUUCAGCGGCAUGCAGGAGCAGCUCUCCGAAAGAAAGAAGGCGCUCCUGAAAGCUGUGCAGAGCCAGCACGAGGAGAAGGAGAAGGCGUUCAAGGAGCAGCUCGCCCACCUCGCCUCCCUGCUGCCCACCCUGCAGGUCCACCUGGUGAUCUGCUCGGCCUUCCUGAGCUCUGCCAACAAAGCCGAGUUCCUGGACCUGGGCUAUCAACUGAUGGAGAGGCUGCAGAGGAUCGUGAAGCUGCCCCACCGCCUGCGGCCGGCCCAGACCAGCAAGAUCAACACCGAGUACCGGGCGGAGUUUGCCCGCUGCCUGGAGCCCCUGCUGAUGCUCACCCCUCGCCGCUCCGUGGUGGGCAGCGCCGGUGGCAUCGGGCCUGGCAUCGCCGGCACAAACAUGAUCCCCGUUGGCCAGUCCUCCAAGACCCUCAUCGUGCCCGGCUGCCCCCCCAGCGGCGAUAAGAUGUCCACAGGCUCCAUGGUGCGGAAGCCAACGCUGCACCGGUACAUCAGCACCAAGGUCCUGCUGGCUGAGGGGCGCGAGACGCCCUUCGCUGAGCACUGCCGCAACUACGAGAACACCUACCGGAUGCUGCAGAUGGAGAUCCAGGGCCUGAAGGACCAGGUGCAGGAGCUGCACCGCGACCUCACCAAGCACCACUCCCUCAUCCGGACAGAGAUCAUGAGCGAGAUCCUGCAGAAGUCGCUGCAGAUGGACGUGCAGAUCGCGGCGCACUACUCCUCGGUGGAGAUGAUGCGCAGCGUGUUCGAGGAGGUCUGGGAGGAGACGUACCAGAGGGUGGCGAAUGAACAGGAGAUCUACGAAGCCCAGCUCCACGACUUGCUGCAGCUGCGGCAGGAGAACAGCUGCCUGACCACCAUCACCAAGCAGAUUGCACCCUACGUCCGCUCCAUUGCCAAGGUGAAGGAGCGGCUGGAGCCCAGGCUGCAGGAGCCCCGGGAGCCCAAGGACGAGCACAUGCAGACACUGCUCAGGAUUGACGACAACAGCGAGGCAGCACCAAGGGACGGCUCACCCGGCGGCAAGGAGAGCAAGGAGCGGGUCCUGGGGAGUCGAGGGGGCGGCCGCACGCCUGCCCUCGCCCCCGAGGACCCGCUCCUGAAGGACAAGGAGCACUGCCGAAGCAAGCAGAAAAGCGGGACCAAGAGCACCGCUGAGGAAGACCCCGAGGCUUCAAGCUGAAUGCCGAGAGCCAAAUGCCCUGCGCUCACCAUGGCGUUAACCAACGGCAGCGUGUUAAGCAAGGAGCGUGCACAGGGUAACGGCCAGGCUGUUUAUGAGAGAUCUGCUCUUCGGAGAUACAGACUUGUACCAAAAACA